AUGUUGUCAGAUUUAGUAGCAACUCUGUCAUCUAAUCCAUAUUUUGGCGCUGGAGCCGGUCUGAUUGGUAUCGGUACAGCAUUGGCUGCACUUCGUCGUUCAUCACAAUAUGGUUUAAUAUUUUUUCGUCGGCAAUUUAUGAUAACUCUCGAAGUACCAAAUAAUGAUAUAAGUUAUACGUGGUUAUUACAAUGGAUAUCACAUCAAUUGCGUGAUUCAAGUCGUCAUUUAAGUGCUCGUACAACGCUAGUGAAAAAUGAUGAACCAUCAUCACGUAUUCAAGCAUCCUAUACAUUUGUUCCAUCAGUUGGCACACAUUAUUUUCGUUAUAAAGGAAAAUUCGUUAAAGUUGAACGUACACGUGAACAAAUGAUUAAUUCUGGUGUACCAUUUGAAUCUGUACAAUUAACUGCAUUCGGACAAGAUCGACAAAUCUACAUUGAUAUGUUAGAAAAAGCUCGUGAUGCUGCAUUAUUAGCUAAUGAAGGAAAAACACUUGUUUAUGUUCCAACAAUUAAUGAAUGGCAUCUAUUUGGUCAUCCAAGACGAAAAANCCCACAUUACAGUAAAAUCCAAUUGAAUGCCGUGAUCCUCAAUACGGGAGUGCUCGAAGGUUUAAUAAAAGAUGUUGAACAUUUCCUUUCAAAUCCGCAAUGGUAUAUUGAUCGUGGUAUACCAUAUCGACGUGGUUAUCUUCUACAUGGACCACCAGGUUCAGGAAAAACAUCAGCUAUUAUGGCUCUCGCAGGACACUUUGAUUUAAGUAUUAGUACACUUAAUUUAAGUCAAGGUACAAUGACGGAUGAUCGUCUUCAACAAUUAUUAAGUAAUGUACCAGAAGAAAGUAUUAUUCUAUUAGAAGAUAUUGAUGCUGCAACAGUUGGAAGACAUUACGAAAAAGAAGAUAACAUUCGAUAUCAAGGCAUGAAACCAUUAACAUUGAGCGGAUUAUUAAAUGCACUUGAUGGAGUUAUAUCAGCUGAAGGCAGAAUUAUUUUUAUGACGACGAAUUUUAUUGAACGUCUUGAUCCAGCACUUAUUCGCCCUGGUCGAGUUGACCAUAAAGAAUACAUAGGUCCAUUAACAUCCAAUCAAGUUGAACGCAUGCUUACUCGUUUCUAUCCUCAAUCAACUCGUAAUGAAAUUAACCAAUUUCUAACUCAAAUAGAACAGCUAACAGAUAAUUAUUCGAAACAACUAAGUGCUGCACAAUUACAAGGAUUUUUUAUGCACAAUAAAGACUCGAUAAAAGAUGUUUUCGCUAAUGUUAAUCAAUUGCUAUGUUUAUAA